AUGGGCCGACAAAAGCAAACAACACCGCUCCAGCGUACUCCGUCGCAGUUGAUGCGAAAUGAGGUUGAAGCGAGAGAGAAGCAUACAAAUGGGAGUGCAAGUGUCUCUUCAAUUGUACAAGAAAGUGCCCCCGCAAAGGUCGCGGCAGCAGUGGAAACUGUCACGGAGACCCCGGGUCUGAUGCAAUUGUUCAUUUGCGUCCUCGGUAUAUAUGCGGCAUUCCUCUCAUGGGGUGUUUUACAAGAGGCAAUCACCACAACCACUUACUCUGUCAGCCCGACAGCCGCCAAUCCGUCACCUGCACCCGAACGAUUUACAUACUCAUUAGUCCUAAACACCAUCCAGUCCUCGUUUGCCGCUAUCACCGGCUUCACAUACCUCCUAUUCUCCACGCCAAAAGGCCAGAAGGUUCCUCCGAUUUUCCCUACCCGUCAAAUCCUCUUCCCCUUACUCCUGGUCAGCAUCUCUUCGUCACUUGCCUCGCCCUUCGGGUACGCCAGUCUGGCGCAUAUCGAUUACCUCACCUUUAUCCUCGCCAAAUCAUGCAAACUCCUCCCGGUCAUGCUCCUGCAUUUGACCAUCUUCCGCAAGAAAUAUCCUCUGUAUAAGUAUGGUGUUGUUCUUAUGGUCACUUUGGGCGUGGCCACAUUCACCCUGCACCACCCUGGCACGAGCAAGAAGGUGGCUGCAGCCGCAGAAUCAGGCUCAGGAUCGUCUACUUGGGGCAUAUUCCUGUUGUCAAUCAACCUCCUUCUCGACGGCUUGACAAACACGACUCAGGACCAUGUGUUCAGCUCCCCGCAGCGGUACACCCGCUUCACCGGGCCCCAGAUGAUGGUUGCACAAAAUGUGUUGUCGACCCUCCUCACCGCCGCGUACCUCCUGAUCAUGCCACACCUUUCCCAAAGCGGUGUUCUGCAUAAUUUGCUCCCUUUCCCGAUCCCACCAUCUACUGAGACAGAGCUGUGGUCUGCGAUCUCAUUCCUGCAGCGUCACCCCGAGGCCCUGAAGAAUGUUCUUAGCUUUGCUGCGUGUGGUGCUAUUGGGCAACUGUUCAUCUUCCAUACCCUGUCGAACUUUUCGUCUUUGCUUCUUGUCACCGUGACGGUUACUCGUAAGAUGCUUACCAUGCUUCUGAGCGUAUUCUGGUUUGGACACUCCCUGUCCGCUGGACAGUGGCUUGGAAUUUCCUUGGUGUUCGGUGGUAUUGGAGCAGAGGCUGUGGUGCAAAGACAGGAGAAGAAGGCUAAGGAACGGGCAAAGGCUGAAGCUGCCAAGAAGUCGCAGUAG